AUGGAUCUGUCUUCUCUCAGGAUAUGUCUUCUCUGGCAAUCCGUGAGCCUUCUCGCUCGGUCCGUCUCCUCUUUCUCUGCAUCAUCCUCUAAUCCGAUCCGUGAACGGUUUCGCUUCCACUUCCUCUCCGAAGCUUCUCUUCCGCCAGUUCUUGGUGAAAGAGUCCUCCACUUUCAACGACUACUCGCCGACGUCUCGCUUCCGGAGUGGUUGGUGUUGUGUGGGGGUUGCAAUGAGAGUAUGGCUCACGGAACCCACUCUCUCUCAGAAACGCUUUCAAGUUCAUCAACGAAAGAGUCUGGCCCUCUUGAGCCUAGUAUACAACUCUCUGCGUCUGAUGCCUCUGUCUUCGGUUCACAAUGGACUGAAGAUGGCAAUGAAGACGCAGAGAUUGUGUAUGACCGUAAAGAGAGACGUAAAUGGUCACCAGCAGAGGACGGUGUGCUCAUAAGUGCUUGGUUGAACACCUCCAAAGAUGCAGUGGUUUCGAAUGAGCAGAAAACAAUUGCGUUUUGGAAACGAAUUGCGGCUUAUUAUGCUGCGAGUCCAAAGCUGGCAGGACUCCAAAAGAGAGAGCCAACGCACUGUAAAUCAAGGUGGGGCAAGAUAAAUGAGGGGAGGUCGAGUGGGCAGAACGAGAAUGACGUUUUGAAGAUGGCUCACGAGAUUUUCUACAACGAUUACAAGGCGAGGUUCACAAUGGAGCAUGCAUGGUUGGAGCUUCGCCAUGAUCAGAAAUGGUGUGGAGCCUCUACAACUAAAGAUAAAUUUCACUCAAAGAGAAGGAAGCUCGAUGACCACUCGGUACAGACAGCAUCCUCUGUUGCAGGAAGUCAUGGAGAGGAUGAGGUUCGCCCAGUUGGUGUUAAAGCAUCAAAGGCAAAAGCAAAAAAGUCUGUGACCAAGUCAGCGACUUUGGAAGAAGACGGUAGGGAGUUGCAGAGGAUCUGGGAGAUUCAGCAGAAGGAUUAUGCUGAGAAAGAUAGGCUUAAUAAGCAGAAAUUACUUGACAAACUAUUGGCCAUGACAGAGCCACUGAGUGAACUUGAAAUGGCUUUGAAAACUAAGCUUAUUACUGAGAUGUUGGCACUUUAG